AUGAAUGUUUCUAUUUACAACUGUGCUCUCAACAUAAAAAAAAAAAAAGAGGAAAAAAAAAUUGUGAACGUUCUCCCCUCGUUUUUGUGUGUCUCAAUUCUCGAGGAUUUGCGUUCAAUAAAAAAAGAGGUGAGAGAAAGGGAGAGGAAAAAAAAAUCACUUGGUGAUGACCUCCCAAAAUGUGUCGCUGAGGAGCGGAGGUGGAGGGGACCCUCCCAGGGCUGCGUGUCCCCGUGCGGCGCUUCGGGUGCGCAGCGGACACCGCAGUGCGGAGCUCCGAGGCUCCUCCGCCCGGGGUCCGUUCCGCGGCGGUGGCGGAGGGAGAGGCGGUCGGGAGCGGCCCCGGCGCUGGGGAUGGAGAAGAAAGUUUGGAGGAUUCGUUUGGAGCCGAAGGAGGGGGCGAGCGGCGGAGAGCCGUCGGGUAAAAACCAUCAUCGUCAUCGUCAGAUUAAUAAAAAGGAUCCGCAAACAGAAAAGAGUAAGAGUUGGAGCCUCACGUCCCUGCAACAGGUUUCUCCUUUUGCAAACUUAAUGCACAGCGCUGGGGAAGGGACCUCGGGAACGUCCCCGGAGCGCAGGAACGGGGCUGUGAGACGGGAGGGAGCGCCCACGGAUCCCGACCCCAUAGGGGAGGGGGCAGCGGGCAGAGCCCGGCUCGGGGCUGCCGCAGGAGAUGAGCUCCGAAAUACAUCUGAAUUUCUCGUUAUUUCUCCUCCUCCUCCUUUUUUGGAGCCGCUUUGGGCGAUGCCGUGCGAGGGGCGCGCAGCGUGCAGCGCUCCAAGGGACGGGAGGCGGCGACUUCGUGAAGUCCCACCGAUAUUUCUGUCGGCUUUUCGGGUGUGCGGGCGCCCGCCAGGAGCUUCGCCACCUCCGCCAUGGGAACGGUGGGCCUCCACCCGAAGGGAGGACGGAGGGGGCGGCCGGCACUGAAAGCCCGCUGAGAGUCGGGACGGGGAGAGGCGGCCCCGAGGUCCUUACAGGGGGAUUUUGGAGGAAGGCACUCAGCCCUGCGUGUGCCACGGGCAGAGCUCCCACCUGUCCUCACCCGCGGCGAGCGCAGCGGGAGGAGAACGCAGCUGUGCGAGCGGGGAAAU